CAUCCACCAUGUAUACCUUAUUUAGGUGUUUAUUUAACUCAUUUAACUUUUAUAGAGGAUGGUAUGAAGAAUCAUUUAAAUCAAGAUGAAGAAAUUAUAAAUUUUGAAAAAUGUAGAAAAAUAUCAGUUGUCAUUAGAGAACUCAAACAAUACCAACAACAAUACCAUUUAGAAACCGAAGAAAUUACUCAACGUUAUUUAAAUAAUUUACCUUCAAUUCAAUCUCAAAAAUCAAAGUAUAAACUAAGUUUAAUUUGUGAACCAAAA